AUGACACAGUCCAACACCCACAACCAAACUGGCCUCCUCACUCGGUGUCUUCCCGAAAGGUUCAAACACGGUGCCUUCUAUCGCUGGUUCCUCCGCUUCACCCGCCUCCUCCAAUUCCUCUCCGCCGUAAUCUCACUCGGCAUCUUCUCCUCCCGCGUCUACAAAGUCUACCGCCUCACCAACGCCAUCAAACGACGCCACGGCAUCAACCACUCCUUCGGCGCCGUCGAAGGGAUCCUCGCCGCAGCGGUGCUGUACACGCUCAUCUCGACGCUGCUGGGGUGCAUCCUCAAAGGGCGUGGCGCCAAGUGGCUGCGCUGGCUGUGGGUACUCUUGGACCUCGCCUUCGUGGGGGCGUUUACUGCUGUUGCCGUGUUGACGCGCCCGAACGGAGGCCCGGCGGGGCCGAGGCAUUGCUACACUUCGGGGGAUAAUGACAGAUCUACGACGGGGACGGGCAGGACGGGAAAGCAGGACGACACUUGCAACCUCCCAUGGGGCACCUUCAUCUUGGCUAUCAUCAGCACCAUCCUCCACGCCAUCACAGCCGCGUUCCACGAAGUUCGCGACCAUCGCCGAAAGAAGUCGGCGUCCGAUAUGGAGAGUGCCAACGGCGGAUAUGCAGAAUCAAAGCGUAGCAUGGAUCCGCACGGACGACACGGCAACAACGGUCACGGGAAUGACAUUGGGGGUGGGCAUGGUGGGCACGACGGGAACCUGGGGAGGCAUAGUACGGUUGAUAGUGAUGAGAUGAUUGGGAUAAGAGGGUCACAUGCUGGAAGGGAAAAGCACUGA